AUGCGCAUCACUCUGCGACUCGCCCUGCGCUUUUUCGGCAGCAUCGCAUUGAUCGGCAUUGUUGUUUUGUCAUUCUCACAAUCAAACGUUGCAUACCAAGCAUUGAACAAUCAUCUCUCAACUUACAGAGCACCUCUUUCUACACCGGUACCACUGGCAAUAAACACGACCCAACAACUCAACUCGAUUCAGGAAUUAUGGACCGCCUGGUCGCAAGUCUACAAAGCCACGCAGCCUCAUGCGGCCAAGCUUGAGUUGAUGUUCAAUGCAGGCAACCUGCCUGUCUCCGCAGGCGAUCACUCAGCGCGAACCCAACAUACAGAACUUCUCCAGGGACUUGACUCUGUAUCAGCUUUACAGACUGCCCACAGUAAAUUCGUUUCAGUACUGCAGUCAUGGCCCGAUCACCUCGCCGAGCAAAUUUACAUAGGCACAGGCGUUGUGAUUGUGGGCGGCGGUGAAUACUUUGGCCCAGCGAUCAUUGGUAUACACAUGCUACGUCGUAGUGGCAGCAAUCUUCCAGUGCAUAUCUUUGUAGCCGAUGACUCUGAAUACGAGGAGAAGCUAUGCAAAGACUAUCUGCCUAAGCUUGGUGCAGAAUGUCUGAUACUUUCAGACUUCAUCCAAGGCUUUGAAGUAACGCACUAUCAACUCAAAUCGUUGGCUAUGCUACUCAGCUCAUUCGAACACGUCCUCUAUCUAGACAGCGAUAGCAUACCCNUCCUUAACCCCGAGACAGAGCUCUUCGCAACAGAACCAUAUACCUCUACUGGUCUAGUCAUCUGGCCUGACUUCUGGAUUUCCACAGAGUCACCAUCUUUCUAUACCGUUGUGGGUCUUGGCAAGAUGCCAGCUGGUCUACCCAAAUCGUCCUCUGAAGCAGGUCAACUUCUCAUCAACAAGCGGAAGCAUCUCAAGACUUUAUUGCUUGCGAAUUACUACAACAUCUAUGGACCUGGUUUCUAUUACCCGCUUCUCAGUCAGGGUGCGCUUGGCCAAGGAGACAAGGAAACAUUCAUGGCUGCAGCAAUGGUUCUCAACGCCCCAUAUCACCGCGUCAAAACAGGUGUCACGUCAGUCGGACGCCUAGAUGGCAUUGAGAAGAAAGGCAGUGGUAUGAUACAGGUCGACGCUUCGGAUGACUUCCAACAGCAGAAUGGCGACGAGUCUAAGCAACCCAGAGCGGCAUUCCUGCACGCGAACACCCCAAAGAUGAACGCUGCUCACCUUGUUGACGAAGGCGAUCUGAUGAGUGCUGACGACCACAAGCCAUUGCGGUUGUGGGGUCCUCAAGACGAGCAGAUCAAGAAGUUUGGAUUAGAUCUCGAAGAGACGGUGUGGGACUUGAUUGUACAGACGGGCUGCGAGUUGGCUGAUGCGGUUCGAGAAUGGUCCGACCGCAAAGACUUGUGUCGUCGUUUGAACGAACAUCGAGAUUCCGUCUUCAGAAACGAUGCAUGA